UAGUAUCAAACAUCAAGUUGGCGGGAAGUUACUCAUUCACAGGCCAACAAUGCCGCAUUUACCUGUGAGUCUUCUGUGCCUGUCAGUUACGAUUGCAUCUGUCAUUUGCCAAGAAUAUGAUAACAUUUUAGUCAUGAACAGCGUGCCAGAACAUAACUAUGAUCAUAUAAAAACUUUGAGUGAUGUUCUAAAUCUUUCUUCUGGCGGCAGAACGCUAAAAAGAGUUGAAAAACACAAUUAUCAUGAAAAAAGUCUAAGUGGCGUUCCAAAAGUUACUAAUAGUGAAAAAACACUGAAGCGUAUUGACGAAGAUAACUAUGAUUAUAUAAAAACCUUGAGUGGCGUUCCAAGCCGUUCUUUUAGGGAUAUGACAUUGGGAAGCAUUGACAAACACGAUGAUGAUCAUAUAAAAACUUUAAGUGACGUUCUAGAACUUGUUUCUGGCGACAAAGCACUGAAGAGCAUUGACAAACACAGCUAUGAUCAAAUAAAAACCUUGAGUGAUUUUCUACAACGCACCAAUGACGAGAAAGCAUUAAAGAAUAUUGACAAACUUUAUAAUCAUGAAACAACUUUAAGCGACGUUCUUGAAAAUACACAUGGCCAAAAAUUACUCAAUCGGAUUGAAAAACACAACUAUGACCAUAUAGAAACUCUGAGUGGCGUUCCAACAGUAACUUAUGGUGACAAAACACUGAAUGGUAUUGAUAAACACAAAUACGAUCAAAUAAAAACUUUGAGUGAUUUUCUAGAACGUACUAACGAAGACGAAUUACCGAAGAACAUUGACAAACAUAAUUAUUAUCAUAUAAAUACUUUGAGUGACGUUAUUGAAAGUACAUAUGGCGACCAAUCACUUAAUCAAAUUGAUGAGCACAACUAUGAUCGUAUAAAAACCUUGAGUGAUUUUGUAAAACGUACUAAUGAUGACAGUUUUAAUUUAGAAAAUAUUAAAACCUUGAUUGAAAUUUUUAAAAAUAUAUGUGACGAACAAUUACUGGAUCGUAUUAAAGAACACAACUAUGAUGAUAUCAAAACCUUAAGUGAUUUUCUAAAACGUACUAAUGACGAUAAAGCACCGAAAAGCAUUGCUGACUUUAAUUGCGAUAAUAUAAAAAUUUUGGUUGACAUUCUUCAAAAUAUAUAUGAUUACAAAUUACUCAAUCGUACCGAAGAAUAUAACUAUGAUCAUAAAGAAACUCGGAAUACCGUUCCAAAAGUAAUCUUUGGUGACAAAACACUGAAAAGUAUUGAUAAACACAAAUAUAAUGUAAUAAAGACCUUGAGCAAUUUUCUACAACGCACCAAUGACGUGAAAGCAUCGAAGAACAUUGACAAACAUAAUUUUCAUCGUAAAACAACUUUAAGCGACAUUCUUGAAAAUAAACAUGGCCACAAAUUACUCAAUCGCAUUGACGAACAGAAAUAUGGUCAUAUAAAAACUCUUAGUGGCGUUCCAAAAGUAACUUAUGGUGACAAAACAUUGAAUGUUCUUGAUAAACAGAAGUAUAGUCAAAUCAAAACCUUGAGUGAUUUUCUACAACGCAUCAGUGACGAGAAAACAUCGAAAAAUAUUGACAAAAAUAAUUAUAAUCAUAAAACAACUUUAAGCGACGUUCUUGAAAAUACACAGGGGCAAAAAUUACUCAAUCGGAUUGAAGAAUACAACUAUGAUCAUAUAAAAACUCUGAAUGGCGUUCCAAAAGUAACUUAUGGUGACAAAACACUGAAUGGUAUUGAAAAACGCAAAUAUGAUCAAAUAAAAACCUUGAGUGAUUUUCUAGAACGUACUAACGUAGACAAAGUACCGAAGAACAUUGACAAACAUAAUUAUUAUCAUAUAAAAACGUUGAGCGACGUUCUUGAAAGUACAUCUGAAGACACACACGAUCACAACUAUGAUCAUAUAAAAACUCUUAGUGGCGUUCCAAAAGUAACAUCUGGUGACAAAAUAUUGAAUGGUAUUGACAAACACAAAUAUGAUCAAAUUAAAACCUUGAGUGAGUUUCUACAACGCACCAAUGACGAGAAAGCAUUAAAGAAUAUUGUCAAUCAUAAUUAUAAUCAUAUAAAAACUUUGAGCGACGUUCUUGAGAGUACAUCUGAAGACAAAUUACUCAAUCGCAUUGACGAAGACAACUAUAAUCAUAUUAAAACCUUAAGUAAUUUUCUAGAACGCACUAAUGACAACAAAGCACCGAAGAACAUUAAGAAGUAUAAUUAUUAUCAAAUAAAAACAUUGAGUGACGUUUUACAGAAUACUAAUGGUGAUACAUUACUCAAUCGCAUUGACGAAGACAAUUAUGAUCAUAUAAAAACCUUAAGUGAUUUGCUAGAACGAACUUAUGACGACAAAACACCGAAGAACAUUGACAAACAUAAUUAUGAUGAAAUAAAAACUUUGAGUGACGUUCUAGACAGCACAUAUGACAACAAAUUACUCAAUCGCAUUGACGGAUACAAUUAUGGUAAUACUAAAACAUUGAGAGAAAUUUUAGAAGGUAGAUAUGACGACAAAGUGCCGAAAAAGAUUAACAACUAUAAUUAUUAUCAAAUAAAAACUUUGAGUGACGUUUUAGAACAUACUAAUGGCGAUAAAUUACUCAAUCGCAUUGGUGAACACAAUUAUGAUCAUAUAAAAACCUUGAGUGAUUUGCUAGAACGAACUAUUGACGAUAUAAAAUCAAGGAACACUGAAAAACAUACUAAUGAUGAAAUAAAAUUACUUAAGGUUUUAACAUUGAGUGACGCUCUAGACAGUACAUAUGACCACAAAUUACUUAAUCGCAUUAACGAACACAACUAUGAUCAUACUUUGAGUAACAUUCUAGAACGUACUAAUGACGACUUACACAAUGGUAUUUCAGGACAUACUAAUGACGACAGAACACUAAAGAGUAUUGAAGAACAUAAUUAUGGUUAUAUAAAAACCUUGAGUGGUGUUCCAAAACAUAUAUAUGGCGAGAGUGAAGAAACUAAAAUGCCACAUUAUUAUGCCGUCAUCGGAGUUUCAUCGGACCAAUAA